AUGUCUCAACUCGCCGUCCGCAACCUCACAGCCCACCCUCUCGAGCUCGUCAAGGUCGAGCGCUUCGAGAGCGAGCGCAUCUCCACCGGCACGCUCUUCGGCAAUGUCACCGGUACCAUCACCGGCUUGCUCAAUGCCACCGCCCACUCGACCCAUCAGACUCACCCCAAGGGCGACCCCGUCCAGUCCGACGACCUCGCCCUCGCCCUCCCGCCCUUCACCACCACCCGGACCGACUUUGACGCCCCGGACCAUGACGGCGAGGUCCUCCGCUUGACCUUCAAGACCGAGCACCGUCACUACGAGACCGAUGUGCCCAGUCCGUCGCGAAGGUCGGCCGUCAUGAAGAAGCUCGACGACGGGCCCCAUGACCUGACCGUCGUCUACGUCCCCGCCGCCGCCCUGCUCGCCGUCUUCUCCUCCGCCGCCCUGCAUGCCUGGAUGCGCGAGCUCCACGACGACUGGCCGCUUGCCCUCCUCUCCAUCCCGGGCACCCACAACUCCCCGACCUGUUACAAGGCCCUGCCUUCGGUCCGCUGCCAGGCCGUCGACGUCCCGGACCAGCUGCGCAACGGCGUCCGCUUCCUCGACGUCCGCGUCUCCGUCAACCCAGAUGACGACGCCCUCGCCCUCGUCCACAGCGCCUUUCCCAUCUCCCUCACCGGCAACAAGUACUUUGGCGACAUGCUCGACCACCUCUACCGCUUCAUCGACGAGAACCCUAGCGAGACCAUCGUCAUGAGCGUCAAGCGCGAGGGCACCGGCAAGGGCACCGACGGACAGCUCGCCAAGUACCUCAAGCACAGCUACGUCGACAAGAGACGCGACCUUUGGUGGACCGAGCCCAAGAUGCCCACCCUCGGUCAGGCCCGCGGCAAGAUCGUCAUCGUCCGCCGCUUCGGCCUCGACGACGACAUGCGCCAAAGCUGCUGGGAUGGCCGCGGCUGGGCCAUUGACGCCCAGCAGUGGCCCGACAACUGCGAGGACGGCACCGGCGGCGACGGCUGCUGCUUCCGCAUCCAGGACUUUUACGAGGUGUCCGAGAGCCAGAACAUCGACAAGAAGGUCAAUUACAGCUGCGGCCAGCUCGAGAGGGCCGCCGAGCAGGUCUUUGCGCUCGACGGCAUGCCCGGCCACCAGCCUGAUGCGCCCGUCCCGCCCUUGUUCGUCAACUUUCUCACCGCGAGCAACUUCUUCAACGCAGCCUGCUGGCCAGAGAGAAUCGCCGCCAAGGUCAACCCAGCCGUCGUGGAAUACCUCUGCGUCAACCACGGCGAGGAGGGCAAGGGUCCUGGCCAGCUCAAGGUCGGUUGCGCUGGCACUGGCAUCGUCGUCACUGAUUGGGUUGGUGCCAACGACGACUGGGACCUGGUCCGCUGCGUCGUGGGCAUGAAUGCGAGGCUGCAGCACACAACGUGA